UUGAGCCGCUAUGCAUUUGAAGGUAAUUUUAUGGCAAUAAGUCCAAAUCUACCCCUAAUCUUUUAGUCAGGGGCCAAAUAAACCCAAUUUCAGUUUUUAGCUCAUAUUACCCCAGUAUUUUAUAGAAAUGGUCAAACAAGGACUACAGUGUUAGAAGUUAGGCGUUUAAAAUACACGCUCCAUAACACUAAUAAAGAAGUAAAUUUAUUUAAUAUAUUAAUAUAAUAAUAAUAAAAUAAGUACAAACCCCAUGCCUCUUCUAGUGAUGAAGUGACUAAGCCUUCAUCAAUGUUGAGCUCCAGCAACUUUAGAACGACGUUAUUGUACAUUUUUUUCUUAUGCUCCAAAAAAUAUAAUGAAAUCCUCAAUACAAAGAUAUAAAAGCAUGUCAAUAUUUCAGUUUUUGUUUCCUGAAUAUGCUAUUUUCAACCAUUUAAGUUACAAUUAUAUAUAAUCACAUUAUAACAUUCAUUGUGUGAAUAUUUACUCCAGAAAUCUGAAACGAACACUAAGCAUAGCAAUAAUGUCUUUUCGAGGGAAAUAAUUGUAACUGGCAUUUGCAUAAUUAGUUUUUGAGGGUUAAAAGAUCAUAAAUGAUGUCUACACAAUCAUAUAUAACAAAUAAAAAUUGAAAAAAGAAAAUGCAUUUACUAUAUUUUCAUGGUCAGCAACAAGCUUGUUUGUGCAUAUAAUAUCCAUCAAGUAGCACAACAUCAGCACACAAUACUAGCAAACUGCACAAAUGCAAAAAGAUUGCAAGUAACACAUCAUCAAUGGUGGAUGUUUUAGGAAUAAUAAAAAUUUUUUAUUUUACUCUGUUUUCUCUUAUCAAAACAGAGGUUCUAGUUCAAUGAAAUUGAUGCUGAAGAAGAUAACUUGAAAAAGAGUUGUUCAAUGGAACAUGAAUACUCCAUAUGAAUUUUCCUUUAAAUUGCAUUUCAUCUUGUUGGUACCGUAACAUUUCACAAGAAUUUUAAUCAAGUUUGUGGUUGUCCUGUAGAUGCUUUUUUUUUUAUCAUUUGCUUGCCUUAUGGACCCACUGCACGUUUCAGGCUCUCUAAUCUUAUUCUUUGGAAGUCUUUAGCAAUAUAAAUUUUUAUUUUAUGUUUACCAUAAUUUUCUAUUCAAUUGAUUGUGACAAGGAUGAUCAACAAUGUUGGCAAACAUAAUACAGACUUUCCAUUGCCAUCGCCACCUACUUGGGCGGUGUAUCAGCAAGUGAAGCUUGGUUCAUAUUGUGAUUGUCAUCGCCUGAUGCAUGUGUUGGUUCUGGGUCGAUGCAAUAAUUGUUUUUUUUUCAAUGUUUCUAUCUAUUAUUUUAUUUAUAAUAACCAGCUUCACCCUUUUUUUGAGAGACUAUGGGUCAAUCGCCUAAUUUUUGACACUAAUUGAUUCUAUUUGGCCAAUAAUGAAGAGUUUUGGAUAGAUUUAAACUAAAAUAAAAAUGGAUAUAUUUGACCCUCAACUAAUAGUUUAAGGGUAAAAUUGAACUUAUUGCCGUAAUUUUAUUCCAGUUUUAGGAAACAUUUUAUAUUUACUUGGUAAAUUUAGUCCUCGUUUUCUUUUUGGCCCAUCCUCCAUUCUCCCGAAUGCUCGGCAGCCGGCAGCCUCUUGUACUCGCUCCCCUCUCGACAUCGAUUGCCCACUAGCCACUGCUCAGCCUCACUCCUCUUGCCUUCUGUCGCUCUCGUCCUCUCUCUCUCUCUCUGUCUGAGACUUCAUGCACGUUUCGCAAUCCUCUUCUUCCCCAAGCAUUGUUUCUCUUGCUUGCAGUGCUCUCAUGCCUCUCGUUCCCUCGCCUGCAUUCUCUGCUUUUGGGAAUAGCAGUUAUUGCGAAUUAUAAUUGUCGAGGAUUAUUCUUAAAUUUUUCAAGGAUUAUUCUUAAAUUUAAGUUUGGUGGAUUCCCACAAGCAUAAAAUGGUGAAUGAUGAACUAAAACAUCGAAUUUGAUUCAUCCGGAUCAUCAUAAAGAGAUAUGAUCUUCCUGUUGUUGCCAAGUAGAGCAGGAGGUUUCAGUUUUCUCAAUGGAUGUCGGAGAGGAUUCAAUUACCAGCAGAAGUUCAAUCUGGUGAAUGUCAAAUUGAAAUGGGUGAAAGAUAAGGCCUUGGAUGCUGUUGUGGCUGGUCAGGGGGAUCUCAGAGCUACAUGUAUCCUUAUUUCAAUCAUCUCCUCAGCUCCCAAAUGCUGCCUUCCUAUCUAUCGGCUCACCCCACACCGUGGACAGCUUGGUCUACCCCACGAUCUUAAGCUGUCUACAUUUAUCAGGAGAUAUCCUACCAUUUUUAAUGAGUCUCACAUUCUUGAUAGUGGAGGCACUCGUGUUCCUUGCUUCCAAUUGACAUCUGAAGCCUUGAAUAUUCACCAACAAGAACUUCAUAUCCUUGAGCAGAACCAAAUGGAUCUCAUUGGAAGACUCAGCAAACUACUGAUGCUUACAAGAGAUAGGACUCUUCCAUUACAAACGAUUGACCAGCUAAAAUGGGACAUGGGAUUGCCUUAUGAUUAUUAUAAUACCUUGGUUCCCCAUCACCCUGAUUUAUUUUCUUCCAUUCGUCUCCCUGAUGAUCGUAUUGGCUUGAAACUUCAAAUAUGGGAUGACCGACUUGCUGUCUCCCAGUUGCAGAAGAAUGUUGCAUUCCAACAAAAAGAAGAUGUGAAAAAUGGUUGCUUAGCCUUUCCAAUUGGAUUCACGAGGGGCUUCGGGCUGAAGAGGAAGUGCAUGGAGUGGUUAAAAGAAUGGCAAAGCCUCCCUUAUACUUCUCCUUAUUUUGAUGCGUCCCAUUUAGAUCAACGUACAGAUGUAUCUGAGAAGAGGAUUGUUGGAGUCUUUCAUGAGCUUCUCCAUCUCACUAUAGAGAAGAAAACUGAGCGGAAGAAUGUCAGCAAUCUCCGUAAACCAUUAUCCCUGCCUCAGAAGUUCACCAAAGUGUUUGAGCGCCAUCCCGGAAUUUUCUAUAUUUCUAAGAAGUGUGACACACAAACUGUUGUUCUUAGAGAAGCAUAUGAUGGCCAACAACUGUUGCAUAAGCAUCCUCUGGUUGAUAUCAGAGAAAAAUAUGCAGGCUUGAUGAGAAGUGGGUUUUUGGAUAGAAGUAGGGGCUUGUACAAGGACAAAACAUCACCUAAUCUAGAGGGAUCAUCAAAUAUUGUUGGUUUUGAAGAGAAGUCAGAUUGUAAUUCGCAUUCUGAACACGUUGUGAAUGAUAGAAUUAGUGAUCCUUUCUGAAUUUUGUUGUAGUAAUUGUUAAUUGGAAGCUGAGAGAAGUAGACAAACUGCUGCAACCAGCGAACCAUUCAUUCCAUUGUUGGAUGGGAAACACACAAAAAUACGCAAUCAAAUGGUCGUUUUGUUUAUUAC